AUGCCAGUAGAAACCGAGCUCUACGAUCUUCUUGGAAUUUCACCGACAGCUACUCAAGCUGAAAUUAAAAAGGCCUAUCACAGGGCAGCCCUACUACAUCAUCCUGAUAAAGUCUCCGAGGACCAGAGACAAGAGUCGGAACAAAAGUUCAAGGAGGUCAGCAGUGCAUACGAGAUAUUAUACGAUGAAGAAAAACGCCAUCUUUACAACUCUCACGGCAUGGCUGCAUUCGACCCCAGCAGGGGUGGGCCCAAUAUGGAUAGUGAGGUAGAUUUAGAAGAUAUUUUCUCACAUGUAUUCAACUUGGAUGGUAGGUCCUCGCCUUUCAGAGGACCUGGUGGUACCCACAGAUCGGGUAAGGGGCCUAAUGAAGAGCAAAAAUACCAGGUUUCUCUAGAGGACCUGUACAAAGGGAAAACCGUCAAAUUUUCUAGUAAAAAGAAUAUUAUUUGUUCUAACUGCAAGGGGUCAGGGGGAAAAGAGAGAGCGAAGCCAGUCAACUGUGACAAAUGUAAGGGAAAAGGCUUUGUAGUUGGCUUGCGCUCCGUGGGUCCGGGAAUGGUUACUCAGGAACGAAUGGUAUGUGGCAACUGUUCGGGUUCAGGGACAUUAUUCAAGGAGAAAGAUAGGUGUAAGAAGUGCAAAGGCAAGCGUACAACUAUGGAAAAAAAGGUUUUAGAAAUCUACAUCCCGCGAGGUUCACGGGAAAAAGAGAAGAUAGUUCUGGAGGGUGAGGCAGAUCAAGUACCUAACCAGGAACCUGGAGAUAUCGUAUUUACCUUGGUCCAAGAUCCACACGAAGUCUUCCAGAGAUCGGGUAACGAUCUCUCGGCUGAGGUUCACAUAACCCUCGCUGAGUCUCUGACUGGCUUCAACAGGGUCGUACUGAAACAUCUCGACAAUCGCGGUAUACAGAUUUGUCACCCGCGAGGCAAGAUCAUGAGGCCCGAACAGGUCAUUAAGAUCGUCGGCGAGGGCAUGCCCAUAAAAAAGACCGAUGCUAAGGGUGACCUUUUCUUAACUGUGAAGAUUGACUUUCCAAGUGAUAAAUGGGCUAGCAACCCGGCAACGCUUACCAGUAUUGAAAAGCUUUUUUCACCUUUACAGGCUCCUGUAAUCGAGGCCAACGAGGUUGAUGAGGUUGAAUUUGAAUCAGAUGCCGACAUAAGCAGCUUUGGAGCUCAAGCAGGAGAGCAGGGGUGGGUGUCCGUAGAUGAAGAUGAGGAAGAUGAAGAAGGUGGUGGCGGUGUACAAUGUGCGCAACAAUAG